AUGACGGUUUCUGCUUCUGCCGACUUGAUCUCACUGUUUUUGUUAAUGAAGAUGGAUAAGGACUGCGAUCGCAACAGCUUGCUCCUGGUUUUCACCGAUGCAUGCAUGUAUACCCCGCAACGAACAUUAUUUUCUGUUGUUUCAGUGGAAACAGAAUGUUUUUCGGGCGAUUCUGAUGCGAAAGAGAUCGAACCGUUGCUGCCUUAUUCCAUAUCCGAUUACGAUUCUCUCGAAACAUAUGCCAAGCGUCUUGCACAAGAUCUAUUCGAUACGCCAGUUUAUACGUUGAAAUGUGGCUCACUUGAAGGAUAUUUCAACUUGCACCGUGCAGUUGUGUCUAAAGCAUAUGCAAGUGUGGACGAUGUAUGCAGAUUUAUUUCUCAGCUUCUUGCUACACAUUGCGGAUUUCAGGUGCAUCCAGCAGUGGUUCAGGAUGAGUGGAGUAAAACAAUCACUGUCGUUGGUUUCAUGCCCGCGAAUGUUCUGGCAAAUGUGCCAUCGCCUCGACAUUAUUUUAUAGUGAUUCCUGAACUAAGCUUUCUUUCAGCAGCAGCGGGUAAAUCGGAAUUGCUGUGCAUGCUCUGUGAAGGAUUGCGUGCUGAGGAAUAUGUGGCAAUAUGUCGAAUAAAGAAUAAUCUCUAUGGAGCUUUGUAUGCGCUAAGAUACAACUUCGCAAAUGAGCCGCUGCAUGAAGCUAGUCUCAGUUUUGCGGAGAUUACCAAGAUUGGCAUGAGUGCUGUGGAUGAUGCAAACGAAGGGCCGUUAUUCUGUGUUCAAAAUGACAGUCUUUCGCGACCAUCGUAUUCGUCGGUGCAGAGGACUUGUUGGUCGGAUGCACAUGGACUCCAAAGUGAUUUCCAGAAAAUUGUUCGGAACUAA